AUGUGGAGUGACCUUUUGAAGAAAGCAAUUGCAAAUGUAGAGCAGCUUACUUAUGAAAGUACAGCAAAAUUAUCUGGUACUACAUCAACAUCACCAGAUAUUUCUUUGCCUAAAAAACAUGCACAAAACACUAGAAAGUCUAUGCAAGAGCGUCUUGUAGCUAUCGUUUCAAGAACACAUGAUGUGAAUAAUCUUUCAAAUACUCAACAUUAUUCCAAGACAAGAAAUUGUUCUAUCUAUACAAAUAAAGGAAUAAAAAAAGAUCAAGAGGAAUUUUGUUUAACAUAUGAAAGUAAUGAAAUCACAGAAAAUCGAUCUUCUUGUGUUUUUCCUGCAUCUAUGCCAGAUUUUGUUGAAAAAACUGAUAUAAAUAAUGAUAAUUUAAAGGAUGGAUCAAAAUUAAAAAAUGGUUCAGGAAAUGUUUCUAUAGAUAAAAAAUUAAAGAUAGAUAAUACUUUCCAAGAAUCAUUUCCUAUAUCUAAUACCUCAAACAUUAAUAUGAUACCUUUUGAUUUAAAGAAAAUAAUAGACGAAAAAGAUAGAAAAAUAUCUAUGUUAUUUGAAGAAGGAAGCAAAUUGUCUAAGAAUGAGUUAAAGCAUAUAAAUAUUAUUAAAGAUCUUCGAUCUAACAUUAAAAAAAAAGAAAAUAUAAUAAUUGAGAUGGAAAAUAAGAUGAAAAAAUUAGAAUCUGAAGUAAUUGAAUUAAAAGAAAAGCUAAAAUACAGUUCUGAAAAUAAUAAGUUGCUUUCUGAUCAUUUAAUCGUAAUGGCUAAAUUGGAAAUGGAAUAUGAUAUUAUUAAAAAAGAACGUGAUCAACUUGAAAUUGACAAAAAUAAUUUAUUAAAAACUUUGGAAAAUGCAACAACGCAUGCAAACGAAUUGGAAAAAUCUAAAUAUUCUCAAGUGUUAGAAAUUGAAAAAUCAAAAUCAAAAUGUUUAUCUGAAGCAUUAAAUAUUGCAAAUACUAAUUUGACUUUACUAGAAAAAAAAAAUAAAUCAGAGAUUGAUACUCUAAAUUCUCAUUUACAGGAUGAAAAAACUAAAUUUUUAGCCAAAGAAAAAAAUUAUGUUAAUGAAAUAUCUGCUUUAGAAGCAAAAAUUGAAACUUUGAGGAGUAAUUUAGAAGAAAUAUCCUUAAGUGUGGAUGCUAAUGCAUAUGUUAAAUUGUUACGAGAGAAUGAAGCAUUACAAACUCAAUAUUUGAUUGCCUCUCAACAUUGGAAAGAAAAAGAUGACGACUUAUAUACCAAAAAUGCUGUUUUACAAGAAGAAAACAAGAAAUGUCUUGAAAUUAUUGAUCAAAAAAGUUUAAAAUUGAAAUAUUUAGAAGAAGAAAUGGAAUCUACAAAUAAAAAGUUAGAAAAAUUAAAAAUGGAAUUGUUGAAUAAUGAGAAUAUUAUUAAGUAUACGAAAUCAUUAAAUGAAGAUCUUACAGGAAAAAUAUUUAAGCUUGAAGAAACUAUUAUUAAAAUGAAUAUUUCCCAUACUGAAGAGUUAAAAGAAUUAAAAAUGUCAUUAGAUUUUCAGUGUAUUGACGGAGCGAAAGAAUUUGGCUUUAACAAUAAUAAUGAAAUAUUGCAAGUACCGACGUAUAUUUCUGAGUUAGAUAAGCCUGUAGAAAUAUUAUCAACUGAUAGCAAUUUAAAUUUAUUGGAUAAAAAUUAUGAUUCUUCAGAGCACGAUAAACCAAUAUCUGAUGUUGCACCAGAAUAUUUAAAUUGUCUUCCUACACCAAAUAUAUUAUCUUGUCAUCUUUCAUCUAACUUGAGAAUUGACGAUAAAAAUGAUAAUAACAUUAUUAACAAUUAUGAUAAUACUAAUGAUAACACUAAUGAUAAUACUAACGAUGACUAUUUUAUUCAUAAUAUAGAACAUUCUAUCUCGCCAUUCGGUUCUUCAUUUCCGUUUAACUUUUCUGAUCACAGUAGUUCCACAGUUAAAAUUGGUACAAAUAUUAAUAUAAUACAACGAUUAAGUUCAUCUGUUCAAAAGCUUAAAAGACAACUAAUGAUGGCACGUGAUGAAAUUAAUCAAAUAACUGAACAAAGAGAUGAAGCAAGAAAAGAGUCUGUUCAUUUGAUGAUUGAAAUUGAAAAAACAAAAGAGUUACAAAAUAAAGUAAAUGUUUUAGAAAAAGAAUUAAAAAAUAUAAAUGAGCGUUACGAAAAAUGUUUAGAACUUCUUGGAGAAAAAAGUGAAAAAGAAGAAGAAUUAAAACAGGAUAUUAAAGAUAUGAAAGAAUUAUAUACGCAACAAAUAGAAGAUCUUGUUUCAAAAAUUUAUAAUCAUUAA